AGUUCAUCUUCCACACGGGCUGCUGCCCAGAGCAGGUAGGCAGGUAUGGGAUGGGGGUGAGAGUGCCCUGGGCCCUGGUAGUUCUAGUUAAUCAGCUUCCAAAGCAAGGCCCCAAGGAAUAGCAGUGGAUUUGGGCUGGAGCUGCGUCUCUUGUCCGCAGCAGUUCAGGAUCUGGUUAUCCCUAGCCCUGCAGGCUGAAGAGGAGCUUGAGGAAGCCUCAUGCAUGAAGGGACACAGAUCUCAGUUCUAUCUUGUCCAACUCUAGCCUGGCUUUGCCCAUGUACUGCUCAGUUCUGCAGGGGGUGGGGUGUACUUUUCUGCUCUGCAGGCUCCUACCCCCUUGUCCACUGACGCAGGGUGAAGGCUGGGGUGUGUGAGACCAGAGUGGAAGGGAGGUUGUCUGGAGAACUAAACGACAGCCCUGGGGGCAACUCUUGUGACUUCCUGCCCCAGGCUCCCAGCACCAUGACGGUUUCAUAUACUCUCAAAGUGGCGGAGGCCCGCUUCGGAGGUUUCUCUGGCCUGCUUCUCCGCUGGAGGGGAAGCAUCUACAAGCUCCUCUACAAGGAAUUCCUCCUCUUCGGGGCCUUGUACGCUGUGCUUAGCAUCACCUACCGGCUGCUGCUGACCCAGGAGCAGAGGUACGUGUAUGCUCAGGUGGCCCGGUACUGCAACCGCUCAGCAGACCUCAUUCCCUUGUCCUUUGUAUUGGGUUUCUAUGUGACUCUUGUGGUGAACCGCUGGUGGUCCCAGUACACAAGCAUCCCGCUGCCAGACCAGCUGAUGUGCGUCAUCUCGGCUAGCGUGCACGGCGUGGACCAGCGGGGCCGCCUGCUGCGCCGCACCCUCAUCCGCUACGCGAACCUGGCGUCCGUGCUGGUGCUGCGCUCGGUCAGCACCCGCGUGCUUAAGCGCUUCCCCACCAUGGAGCACGUGGUGGACGCAGGUUUCAUGUCCCAGGAAGAGAGGAAAAAGUUUGAGAGCCUGAAAUCCGACUUCAACAAGUACUGGGUCCCCUGCGUCUGGUUCACCAACCUGGCGGCCCAGGCCCGGAGGGACGGGCGAAUACGUGACGAUAUCGCUCUCUGUCUACUUUUGGAAGAGUUGAACAAGUACCGAGCCAAGUGCAGCAUGCUAUUCCACUAUGACUGGAUCAGCAUCCCCCUCGUCUACACCCAAGUGGUGACCAUAGCCGUCUACUCUUUCUUUGCCCUCUCCCUGGUUGGCCGCCAGUUUGUGGAGCCAGAGGCAGGGGCUGCCAAACCUCAGAAGCUUCUGAAGCCAGGCCAGGAGCCAGCCCCAGCCCUGGGAGACCCGGACAUGUACGUGCCUCUCACCACUCUGCUGCAGUUCUUCUUCUAUGCUGGCUGGCUCAAGGUGGCUGAACAGAUCAUCAACCCAUUUGGUGAGGAUGAUGACGACUUUGAGACAAAUCAGCUCAUAGACCGCAACUUGCAGGUGUCCCUGCUAUCCGUGGACGAAAUGUAUCAGAACCUUCCCCCCGCUGAGAAGGACCAGUACUGGGAUGAGGACCAGCCGCAGCCACCCUACACUGUGGCCACGGCGGCCGAGUCUCUGCGGCCCUCAUUCCUGGGCUCCACCUUCAACCUGCGCAUGAGCGACGACCCUGAGCAGAGCCUGCAGGUGGAGGCGUCCCCCGGAUCUGGUCGGCCCGCGCCCGCCGCGCAGACCCCGUUGCUCGGCCGCUUCCUGGGCGUAGGGGCGCCCUCCCCGGCCAUCAGCCUCCGGAACUUCGGCCGCGUGCGAGGCACCCCCCGCCCCCCGCAUCUGCUGCGCUUCCGGGCGGAGGAGGGCGGCGACCCCGAGGCCGCAGCCCGCAUCGAGGAGGAAUCGGCGGAGUCCGGGGACGAGGCCCUGGAGCCCUGAGGUCUCGCCUGCCCCCGCCCGGUUUCCCCCACCCACUGCCCUCCUUCCCUCCCGUGCCCGGUCCUGCCAGCCAGCGCUAUUAGAGCAGCUUUUCCUGUGUGCCUUGAAGGCCAGAGCAUUUAGGGACAGAACUUGAAAGAGAAGAUGGCGAAAAGGGCCUGAGCCAGGGCUGGGAAAUGUGUCCACUUUGGUGGGAGAGAAGGUCGGUUGCUUGGGGGACGUGAAGCUAGAAAAAUAAAUGAGCCCAGGCAUAGAGGACUAGAGCCCAGGUGCACGGUUAGCUUCACAGCAACAGGGAGCUAGGCCAUUGGUUCUCAAACUUAAGGAAGGAUCAGCAUCACGGAAGGUCUUGUCAAAAGAGUGCUGGGCACCACUCCCAGCAUUUCUGGCACAUUAGAUUUGGGAUGGCGCCCAAUAACUUGCAUUUCUAACAAGUUCCCAGGUGAUGCUGUGCUGCUUGUCCAGGAAACACAAUUUGAGAGUCCUGUGAAACGUGCUUGAAGGGGUAUACCUUACCCUGGUAACCUUACUCAAAAGAGGGGUCAGUGUGUGCUGGGGGACUUUUGCCUUGUCUGUAAUGUUAAAGUUUUUGUUUACAUUGAGAAUAUAUUCAAGUUUUUGUUUAA